CUCCGCCAUCCGCACCAACGCCUCUGCGUCCGCCUCGCUCUGCCCAAACCACAAUGCCAAGCCAGCAGUUCAUCGUGCACCCCGCCGAUCUCCCUUAUGUGCCCACUAUCAUGCGCGCGCCCUCGCCCUCGAGCACCAUCGGGACAGACUAUGGCCCGGACGAGACGGAUCUCGCGGACUCCGAGCUGUCUGAGCGAGAGUUCGUCCGCAAGUGCGAGGGGAUGGCAGGAAUCAACAGGCCACGGCCCGAGGAAGAUGAGGCCAAUAGGGACCCUCUUCUCCAUCCCCGCCCGCUACGCCAAAAGCUCACGCCUCAGGAGGAGAGCUUCAUGUUUCAGCAUGUCAUGGACAACCUUCGAGCCGCCGUCAAGAAGCUGGAAGAGGAGGAGCUCUUUGAGCAGACCGCAGUCAAAGACGCCGGGGUCGCCCUGGAUGACCCCACACCGUCGAGCGACGACCUGGGCGAGAUCAUGCGGAGUCUCAUGGACCUAAACUCGACGGCGCUACCGAGACACUCGACGGCGACCACGACCAUCCUGAACAGCACACGAUUUACGGAUAGAUCGGAGACCGUCACCCCGCAAUUUGGCGGCGCCACCGCGGCCGCUCUAGCGUCCAUACGGAAUGCGAGCGCAGGCUCUAGCACGACACCUACCAUGCGGUGGCCUCCCAGACAAUGAUCAGGUUGUGCGGGACAUUUUGUAGCCUUGUGUUUGUUGUUGGAAUAACAUGUUGUAGCCUUAUAAUAUACC